CUGUUGGCAACAAGGCGGAAACAUCCGUCACAUAUUUGUUUACAAGCCCGAUUUAACCUCACUAAGUUUUGACAAGAAUUGCCCAACAAUGAGUUUAAAAACGUUGGAAAUUGCACCAAACCGGCUUUUAAUGGACUCGAAUUUCGACGGUUACAAACUGUCCUUAAAACCGAUAAAACAGUCGCGUAAAAGCCUGCAAGUGCCCGUAGAGAAGACAUGUGUAAACCCGAGCCAGUACAGUAUCGUGCACGUAAAGCUCCUCAGUUUGCACAAUCACCUUUGCGUGGACCAAUUCGACGGAUUCUCCUCCGUUUAUUUCGUCGAUAAACAGCUAACAAUUCAGAAGGUUUAUGUGGAUGCGGGGACAAAUGAGCUUGUUGAUCCAGUGGCUGUCUACACGAUGUCGAAGCCCCGAGAACGACUCAGUGGGGACUACGGUGUAACUUUACGAUUCGCCAGUGCCGACUAUUGCGUAGCCUCAGACGGAAUAGGCACUUUUUACAUUCUAGCCACUAAGGAUAAAAGGGACGAUGAUCAAUUCGACACCCUGUUCUCGGGCCAUGUAUUGAGCAACGAGAGCCAGGGCUUUGUAGUAUCAGAUGCGUCGUUCAACGACGCCAAACAGGAACUUCACGUGCUCCUGUUGCACGUCCAGGAGCACGGAACAGACGGAUUCAUUUCGAUCAUUCAUUGGAUAACAUUCAAAAAGACUCAGAAGGAUUGGCACCAAGUGGCUCUGAGACAGCUGAAGACAAAAGGCGAAGUGCAGUACUUGCAGUUGGAGAGCGAUUGCGACCACUUAUACGUCGUCUCGGAGAAUCUGGUGGUUUUUGCUUUGAACUCUGAGCACCCAAUUGAAGAAACCCCACUGGCAAGCAGUGGGAAGUUGUACCACUGGUCGCAAGACACUGAUGAAAUCACUGUGAAGAUUCCGCUGCCAGAAACAGCGCAGAAGAAUCUACUGAAAGUCUCCUGCGGGGGGAGUGAACUGAAUGUCGAAUAUAACUCACUCAGAGUGCUGUCGGGCACAUUUCAGGGUUCUGUGGACUCCGCCUUAACAACUUGGAGUCUGAAGGGGGAUCUUUUGGAGAUUCAACUCGCUAAAGCAGAUAAGGAGUAUUGGACGCAACUGCUCGCGGGCUACGAUGAGGGAGAGCAGGAUCUCAGCCCAAGCUAUGUGGAUGAGGUCCAUAACCGACUUCAGGGAUUCACAAGCAAACGGGAGGAAACGCCACAGCGUGGCGCCACGUUUAACUCCCAGCCAAUAGAGGAGUGCGACUUUGAGACUGAUAAGGCGGAGACCUUUCAGAGAAUAAGCGGGGUAACAAAUAAACCCACCCAUCAGGUUCAUUUAGGGUCCCACCAUGUACUGUUAAGCCCAUUUUUGGACUCACAAUCCGUACCCGCUUUAGGCAUAAGGCACGAUGUGGACGUUUGCUUGUGGCAGCCCACUUGGAAUGGGCAGGAUUUCACUUGCCAGCACCAGGGCACUUUACUGGCUUUUGGAUACGUGCAGGCGUCUAAAACCAACAGAAAGUUCCUCACAUGCUCUCAGAACCUGGACUAUGCCGUAGUGAGCGAGUCUGCGGGUCACAUUUUUAUUUACCGGCAAAACAGGCCCUUGCUGACCACCGAAUUGAGGCAGCGCUCGACCGGGAGGCGCGUUAAGCGAGUGGCAGAACAACAGGUUAUCAACCUAUCGAAUGAGAGCAUUUUAGGGAUUUUUGCUGGCGACAGCCACCUUUUUGUAUUGGGCGAGGACUUUGUGACUGCUUUCAGCAUGAACGUGAACAACGACGCACUAUAGCUCUUACCUAAGUUUAAUAGCCAAUGAAUCUAUAAUGGAGA